AUGCCAACAUCUACACCAACAACUACAGAUAAAUUGUCAUUAACCGACAGCUACACAUUGGUUUCAUCGUCCUUGUCAAUAUCUACGCCAACCACUGCUGAUAAAUCGUCACCAACCGAGAGCUCCACAUCUGUGUCAUCGUUCUUGUCUACAUCAACGCCAACAACUACGGCAUCAUCGUCCAUGCCAAGAUAUAAUCCAAUAAUUACAGAUAAAUUGUCAUCAACCGACAGCUCCACAUCGAUAUCAUCGUCUAUGCCAACAUUUACACCAACAACUACAGAUACAUUUUUAUCAACUAAAAGCUCCACAUCGGUAUCAUCGUCCUUGUCUACUUCUACUCUAACAACUACAGAUAAAGCGUCAUCAACCGACAGAUCCCCCUCGGUAUCAUCGUCUUUGCAAACAUCUACACCAACAAAUACAGAUAAAUUGUCAACAACCACAAGCUCCACAUCGGUAUCGUCGUCCUUGUCUACAUCUACACCACAACCUACAGAUGAGUCAUCAUCAACCGACAUCUACACAUCGGUAUCAUCUUCUUUGUCAACACUUUCAAAUAGAGAUAAGUCUUCAUCAACCGACAGCUCCAUAUCUUUAUCAUCGUUCAUGCAAACAUCUACAUCAUCAACUAAAGAUAAAUCGCCAUCAACCGACAGCUCCAUAUUGGUAUCAUCGUCCAAGCCAACGUCUACACCAACAACUACAGAUAAAUUGUCAUUAACCGACAGCUACACAUUGGUUUCAUCGUCCUUGCCAAUAUCUACACCAAAAACUACAGAUAAAUCGUCAUCAACCGACAGUUCCAUAUCGGUAUCAUCGUCUUUGCCAACAUCUACAACAGAAACAGAUAAAUUGUCAUCAUCCGACAGCUUUACAUCGGUAUCGUCAUCCUUGUCGACAUCUACGCCAACAACCACAGCUAAAACGUCAUCAACCGAUAGAUCCUCAUCGGUAUCAUCCUCCUUGCUAACAUCUACGCCAACAACUACAGAGAAAUCUUCAUCAACCGACAGCUACAUAUUGGAUUCAUCGUCCUUGCCAAUAUCUACGCCAACAGCUGCAGAUAAAUCGUCAUCAACCGAGAGCUCCACAUCUGUAUCAUCGUUCUUGUCUAAAUCUACGCCAACAACUACGGUAUCAUCGUCCAUGCUAAGAUAUAAUCCAACAAUUACAGAUAAAUUGUCAUCAACCGACAGCUCCACAUCGAUAUCAUCGUCUAUGCCAACAUUUACAUCAACAACUACAGAUAAAUUUUUAUCAACCAAAAGCUCCACAUCGGUAUCAUCGUCCUUGUCUACAUCUACGCUAACAACUACAGACAGAUCGUCAUCAACCGAGAGCUCCACAUCUGUGUCAUUGUUCUUGUCUACAUCUACGCCAACAAUUACGGUAUCAUCGUCCAUGCCAAGAUAUCAUCCAACAACUACAGAUAAAUUGUCAUCAACCAAGAUUUCCACAUCGGUAACAUCGUCCUUGUCUACAUCUACUCCAACAACUACAAAUAAAUCGUCAUCAACCGACAGAUCCCCCUCGGUAUCAUUGUCCUUGCAAACAUCUACACCAACAAAUACAGAUAAAUUGUCAACAACCACAAGCUCCACAUCGGUACCAUCGUCCUUGUCUAUAUUUACACCACAACCUACAGAUGAGUCGUCAUCAACCGACAUCUACACAUCGGUAUCAUCUUCCUUGCCAAUAUCAACACUUUCAACUACAGAUAAGUCUUCAUCAACCGACAGUUCCAAAUCUUUAUCAUCAUCGUUCAUACCAACAUCUAUACCAACAACAACAGAUAAAUAUUCAUCUACCGACAGCUCCAUAUCAAUAUCAUCGUCCUUGCCAAUAUUUGCGACAACAACAACAGAUAAAUCGUCAUUAACCGACAGCUCCACAUCAGUAUCAUGGUCCAUGUCAACAUCUAUACCAACAACUGCAGAUAAAUCGUCAUCAACCGACAGCUCUACAUCGGCAUCAUCGUCCUCUUCUACAUCUACGCCAACAACUACAGAGAAAUUUUCAUCUUCCGACAGCUACACAUUGGUUUCAUCGUCAUUGCUAAUAUCUUCGCAAACAACUGCAGAUAAAUCGUCAUCAACCGAGAGAUGCACAUCUGUGUCAUCGUUCUUGUCUACAUCUACGCCAACAACUAUGGUAUCAUCGUCCAUGAUAAGAUAUAAUCCAACAAUUACCGAUAAAUUGUCAUCAACCGACAGCUCUACAAAGAUAUCAUCGCCCAUGCCAACAUCUACACCAACAACUACAGAUAAAUUGUCAUCAACCGACAGCUCCACAUCAGUGCCAUCGUCCUUGUUUACAUCUACGCCAACAACUACAGAGGAAUUUUCAUUUUCCGGCAGAUCCAAAUCAAUAUCAUCGUCCUUGCCAAUAUCUGCGACAACUACAGAUAUAUGGUCAUUAACCGACAGCUCCACAUCGGUAUCAUCGUCGUUGUCAACAUCUUCACCACAUACUACACAUAAAUUAUCAUCAACCGACAGCUCCACAUCGGUAUCAUCGUCUUUGUCUGCAUCUACGCCAAUUACUACAUAUAAAUCGUCAUCAACCGACAGCUCUACAUCGGUGUCAUCGUCCCUAUCAACAUCUACACCAACAACUAUAGAUAAAUCAAGCCACAGCUCUAUGGUACAUGUAUCAACAGCUACAUCUGCAGUAUCAAAUACAGCUUCCUCUGUGAGGCAAGGUUGUUUCUGUCCAUGCGAGCGCAUGAAAAAUCAAGUCAUCAUUACAAACAAGAAAGUGCUCAAAGAUAAAAUUGAAAAAAUGAAAAAGGAGUUGAAAGUCAAUAAAAGUAUAUUAAAUCAACGUCUUCGCCAACGCAUAUCUUUUUAUGAUAAAAGCCCUUCCGCCGUAUCAGUGGGAAUGAUAUUUGGACCACUCAUCAUCACAUUUCUCAUCGGAAUCCUCGUGAUCAGCGACAUCCCAAUUAUGAUUCGUCAUAUUAAAUACGGUCCAAAUAAGAAAGCUGGAAAGAAGAACAGAAGAUGUAUGGGCUCUGAUAGAGGGCCCAAAGAUGCCCCUAAACACAAUGCUGGAAUUCAGCAACAUGAUAUGAUUGAUUCUCCAGCAUAA